UACACGAAAAGUGUUCAGAAGCAAACAAACCUUCGCGCGGUAAGGAUGGAGCAAAUGACCGAGCUUCGAGUGUUGUCACCCGAAAAGACGCCGGUGCACGGAAACGGAAAUUUUAGUGGAGAUGUGCAAUAUUCAUCAUGGCAACAACGCGGAAAUACAAAAUAUCGGAUAGUGGCAGGGUUGUUGGGGGUGGCAUGUAGUGCAAUUGCAGUGCUUGUUAUAGUGUUGUUAACCGGUGUUUUAUCUAAAUGUGAUUCCAGCAAUGCAUUCAACAAUACCCAAAUGACCUCACCAUCACCAGAUAUCUGCGACUAUGGGAAAUCAACUGAAAUUGACAUCGAUACAAGAAUGAAAAAGCCAUUAAAAACACUAGUUAAAGAAUUACUAGAUUUGGAGAAAUGUGGUAAAUAUUCGGCAGACCGGAUUCUUCAUGGCCAAGAGGCCCAGCUUAGUCAGUUUCCAUGGAUGGCUUUACUGAUUAAUUCAACCGAUAAUGUUUGCUGUGGGGGAACGCUCAUUUCUGAACGCUUCGUUCUAACGGCAGCUCACUGUGUAAAAGAUGUUAAAAUUGUACGUUUAGGAGAACAUGACAUUCUGUCUCAGAAAGAUUGUGAUGAUGAUUAUGAAGAAAACUGUGCGUUACCGGUCCAGGAUUUCAUUGUGACGAAAAAUGACAUAAUCCAGCAUCAGUAUUAUAGUCCCUCUUUAAAGACGAACGAUAUUGCUCUAAUUCGGCUGCCCAGUCUGGCUGACUUGACGGAUGAUCAUGUUCUGCCAAUUUGUCUUCCAUACGGACAGUUUCAAGAUUCCCGAGAUAUUCAAGAAGGUGCGAACAUGACCAUUGCUGGAUGGGGACACACAGAAAAAGGAACAUUGUCUAAUAAACUAAUGUUUGCACCGGUGGUCUUGAGUUCCUUAAGACAAUGUACCAAUGAGUUCAACAAAAUCAAAACGAAGAUAAAUCUUGACGAUCGUCACAUCUGUGCUUCUGGGAAACAUGGCCAGAACCACUGCGUUGGUGAUUCCGGCGGUCCGUUGCAGUUUCCUAAAGUUGUGGAAAUAAUAAACGGAAGCCAAAUUUUAAAUCAAACCGUAUUUGUACAGCACGGAAUAAUAACGUUUGGCGAUGUUACUUGUGAGACUGGUAGCUUACCAGGUGUAUAUACAAAGGUCAGCUAUUAUAUUGAUUGGAUUUUGUACAAUAUGUUUAAAUAACUGCGUCUGUUGAUGAACAAAUAGGCUGUAGAUCUUUUAACACUCAAUAUUGGGCAGUUACAAUAAUGAAUUACUUGCGAGGGGUCCCAAAUUUUAGGAGGUUGUUUUUAGGCCUUAUUGUGAACAUAAAAUUGCUGAUCUGUAUAUCGAGUCACCCUAGUAUACAUAUUUCAAAUAAGUUGUUUGUAGGUACGCUAAGUUUUGCAUUUAGACCCAAAAACCACAAGAUGUGUCAUAUCGGGCAUUGAUAGCUUAGCUUUUGAUACUGCUCAAGUUGAACUACAUAUCAUUGCCUUUUUCAAGAUACUCAUUUCAAGAAUGUUGUAUAUUUACUGUGAAUGCAUUACACUUAAAUUAAAAUAGCUUAUAAGGGUUCAAACCAAAAAAUAUCAACACAUUCAAAGUUUGCAGCACAUAACAAACUAGUCGACUUGAAUCGGCCUGAUAUCGUGUAGUCAAAAUGAAAUCAUGCAUUACUAGCAUUACUGUAUGGAUAACAAAUCACUACCCAAGCAUUAGGUGUGUUGGUAAUGUUUUGGUCAGACGGUUUAUACAAUACAAAAAAAGCAAAGCGACGUCAGUUUGUACGACAUUAAUUUUAAGAAAA